AUGAGCCGCAUACAUAGAGUGAACGACCCUAAUCACGCAUCGUGGUCAUCCCCACCGACGACACCAAUCAUCAACCCGGGCCGCCGCCCAAUAAAACAACUCAAACGGACAAGCCCCAAGACCAACGGAUGUACAGCACCAACAUCUCCGGCUGUACAUGCCUCCUCGGACCUACGCGCCUGCCAUGUCUGCCACAGCGCUCCCAAACGGAAACGCGAUCUGGAGAACUACCUCGAAUGCCAAUCCUGCUCGCAACGUGCCUGCUUCAUCUGCGCUCGCGAGUGCGCCGCCGGCUGCCACAAGCAAAUCUGCAGUCGGUGUUCGGUGGAAGUGGGAAAAGAAGGAAACACAUGGUGUCUGGGCUGUUUCCAAGGCCCCGGAACUUGA